AUGGUGACCGGGCACCGGCCGCGGGCAUCGUCACCUGCGGUCAGCUGGCGGGUGGCCGACUGUGUGGCCGGGCAUGCCAACCCAGCUGAUCCGGCCACCAGCGUGCACCGGCUGCGGCCGGGCGACAUCCGCGUUGUGGCGGCCCUGGGGGACAGCGUGACGACUGGCUGGGCGGCCGGGGCCAGUCGGCUGUCUGCACCGGGGACCGACUAUCGCGGCGCCUCCUGGUCUGGCGGCGGCGGGCGCAGCGCACUCACGCUGCCAAACAUCCUGCGCCACUUCUCGCCGGGCCUGGCGGCGCGGCUGGUGCGUCGCCUACGCCGCCACCCGCGCAUUGAUGUCGCCCGACACUGGAAGCUCGUCACCAUCAUGAUCGGCGGCAACGACAUCUGCCAGAGCUGCGCGGCCGGCGACGCGCAGCUGCCGCGCACCUUCGUCAACCUGGUGCCGGUGGUGGACAUGGGCGAGGUGCGCCGCCUGGUACGCGGCUACCAGCGCAGUCUGGCCCGAUUGGUGGCAAGCGGCCGGUAUGACACGCGCCGCGACUUCACCGUGGUGGUGCAGCCGUUUACGCUGGGUGCAGUCCUUCCGCGCCGGCCUCGCUCCGGCCUCACGGACACGCGCUUCGUGGCCGUCGACUGUUUCCACCCGAGUCGGAGCGGUCAGGAGCUGAUGGCACUGAUGCUGUGGAACAACAUGGUGACGCCGGUGGCAGCCAAGUCCACGGACGGCAGGGAGGCGUGGCGCGGUUUCAAAUGUCCCAGCCCUGCCUACCCCUUCUUAGGCACUUACAGGAACUGGCGGCACGGUGGUUGA